UAGCAACUAUUGCAAAUAUUCUUUUCCUUUUUGUUUUUAAGAAAAUAUAUACUACUAGCGGACUAAUAAUUUGCAUAAACCCUCGUUUUUGUUAUUAAGUAUUGCUAAUGUGUCAUCGAUUUUCUCCAUUCCAUUUGCUACUCGAAAAAACAGUCACACAGUGGACGCGCACAAAACUCACUUCGCAAUUUACUCAAAAAAGAUUUUAAAUUUCUGUUCUGUUUUCUCUGGCCUGAUUCCGCGGAAGGGGGAUUAUUGCCAAUUCUGGCGUUUUCAUCUUCACUAGCAUUGCGGAGAAGCAUCGAUUCCCCAAAUCGUCGUUGAGAAAUUGGCCGUGAGUUUCAUUCUUGGAACCCUAAUUUGAAUCAUAUUCUAUACCAAUUGUGGUGUUUUCCGUCUUAAAUUUGAUGAAUUCGAGCACCAGGUAGCGUGUUUAUGGGGUUAAUUUCUUUGCUACGUUCAAAGCCUGUCGAUUUGGUGGAGCUCUGUGGAUGAAUUGUCGGGGGCGUAUUCUUCUCCUUCUUCUUCGUCUAGGGUUUCGUGGAUUUUGCAUACAAUGGGAGCUUUGACGAGUAAUAGAAAGCGAGUGGAUGAAUCUGUCAGCGUAAAUUUGAAAAGCCCGGUUACAUAUUCUCCCUCUUCUGAGUUUCACGUCGCCAAAAAGCCCCGAAUUUCGUCUUGUUUCAAGCACGUUGCUGAUCGGUCGAAAGUAUUGAAUUAUUUCCGUUACCCGACUGCGAAAUCCGAGCUCAAGAGGGAGCCCCACGCUCCUGUAAGGCAGCACAGAGUUCGGAAUUCUUUGAAUUCUAAACAAGACGCCCCUGAGGUUAGUUUCUUGGGUAGUUCAGCUACAAAUAUGGGAAAUUUUUUUACUUCGUUUAAUGAUAAGAAGGAAGCUUAUGAAAAUAAGAAGAGAACAGCUUUUGAAAGUCUUAGACACGUUAAGAUAGUAGAAGAUACUAAGGCGGAUGAGGCUGCUGUUUCUGAGGACUCGAGUAUUGAGGUUGAGGUAGAGAUUUUGGGAGAUGAGAAGGAUCAGAAGUGGAAGGAGAGUAGUGGUGUUGUUUUGGAGGAGAGUCCCGCGAAAGUAGAUGAUAUGAUUGUAGAGCAGGAUUCUCGGCCUUCAACUUCGUCGGUGUUGACCAAUGGAAAUUUGAAGGGGGAGGAGAGUCCAGAAAAGUUGCUGGAGUCCUUGCAUUUGGAUGGGGAUUACAAUGCUAAGGAUCCAAGAGUAUACAAGAAAUUAUGGCAUUUUGCGGAGAGGAGUAAUAGUAAACUGAGUGCUUUGCAGUUUGAGAUUGAGCUGAAACAAAAAGAGUGGGAGAUACAGCAAUUAUUGCGACCCCAAAAGAAAGAAGAAGCGGUCAAGGAGGAUGUGGCAUCUGAGGCAUUUAAGCCUCUUACUGAGGAGGAAGAGGCCGAGGUUGCAUCCGCCCUUUCGAAUUCCAAUCGGAGAAAACAGUUGGCAACUCAUGAAAGCUCCAAUAUUACGAUUACUGGGGAAAUAUUGCAAUGCUUGAGGCCGGGAGCAUGGUUAAAUGAUGAGGUUAUAAACUUAUAUUUUGAGCUUCUAAAAGAAAGGGAGAAGAGAGAACCUCAGAAGUUCUUGAAGUGUCAUUUCUUUAAUACAUUCUUUUACAAGAAGUUAACAAGUGGAAGAGGGGGAUAUAACUAUCAAUCAGUUCGAAGAUGGACUUCUCAACGGAAACUUGGAUAUUGCAUUUACGAUUGUGAUAAGAUCUUUGUACCCAUCCACAAAGAAGUUCACUGGUGUUUAGCAGUCAUCAACAAGAAGGAAACAAAAAUUCAAUAUCUUGAUUCACUCGGUGGAGGCGAUAGUCAUGUGAUGGCAGCAUUGUCCAGGUAUAUUGUGGAUGAAGUGAAGGAGAAAAAUGGCAAAGAUCUUGAUGUGAGCUCUUGGGGAAGAGAAUUUGUUGAGGACCUUCCAGAACAGCGUAACGGGUUUGAUUGUGGCGUCUUUAUGAUCAAAUACGCUGACUUCUAUAGUAGAGAUAUAGGACUCUGUUUUAGUCAGGACGACAUGCCAUACUUCAGGAUGAGGACAGCCAAAGAGAUUUUGAGACUAAAAGCAGAAUGAUGUGCCCUAUUCAUUGAAUAUGUUAUACAGUGCUUAUGCCUCGGAAAGUGGAUAUUUAUUUAAUUCUAGUGAGAAAGAAAGCACCUAAUGUAUUUUUUGGUUGUUGUCACUAGGUGUAUUAAUUUUGAAGAUGUAAAGUUGUUCUUUUUGUAGCACCUGAGUGGCGAGUUUUGGAAGUUCUCUCAUUUUGGUGUUUGUUUGCUUCCACUUCUUUCAGCCAUACUUACUUUCUUUUGUGUUUGGAGUUAGUAAAUUCUUUUUUUAAAAAAAUUAUUUUAUAAUAAUUAUUAUUAUUA